UCCACUACUUACACCAUCCCUUCUCACACUAAACCUCCAUAUAAUCACAAUCAUUCAUCCAUGGAGUCUCCCAAUUAUAACUUCGAUACCAUUACCCUCAUAGCUUCACUUCUCUUGCUCUUCUUCUUCUUCUUCGCAGCAGCAAAGAGAUCAUCCACCACCACCACCACCACCACCACUACAAAACCUCCAAAUCUCAAGAACAAGAACCACCACCCACCAGGCCCAUGGACACUCCCUCUUUUAGGCAACGUACACAACCUCAUCUUCUCCGCCGCCACGCUCCACCGCGACCUCCACAAGCUAUCACUCAAACACGGCCCUCUCUUCCGCCUCAAGUUCGGCCGAAUCACCAUCGUCGUCGUCUCCACCCCCGAGCUCGCCAGAGAAGUUCUCAAAGAAAACGACAUAACAUUCGCACAGAGAGCUCCUCUAGUCUUCCCCUCCUUCAUCUUCUACGACUGCUCCAACGUCCUCUUCGCGCCCUACGGGGCCUACUGGCGCCACGUCCGCAAGACCUGCCAGGUGGCGCUCCUGGGGCCGAACCGGGUCAGGUCGUACGCCUCGAUCCGGAGCCAGGAGGUCGAGAGUCUGAUGGAGUCGGUUCGGUCGAGUUGUGGUCGGACCGUUAACCUGACCAGGUUGGUGUUCGAGUUGAGCUGCGGGGUGACGUCGAGGGCCGCAUUUGGGAGGAAGUAUGACGUGGAGGGUUUGAUGGCGCUGACGUCGGAUAUUAUGGAGUUGGCGUCGGGGUUGGGAGUGGCUGACAUGUUUUCUUGUAAUGGGGGAAUAAUGUUGAAGAAGAUGACCAAGUUGUGGAGCCCUAAAUUGAAUAGGGUGGUUCGUGGGGCGGAUAGGGUUCUUGAGGAUGUUUUGGAUGACCACAGGAAGAAGAGGAGUUAUAGUUUUUAUGACGAUGAUGGAAGGGAGGAUUUGGCGGAUGUGCUUCUGAAGCUGCAAAAGAAUGAUGACCUCGACGUUUCUCUGACCGACGACAACAUUAAAGCGGUCCUCUUGGACAUGUUGGUUUCUGGGAGCAUGACAUCGUCAGCUACGAUCGGCUGGAUAAUGUCCGAAAUAGUGAGGAAUCCUUCCGUGAUGAAAAGAGUACAGGAUGAAGUGAGACGAGUUUUCGAUACCAGAGGUGAAGAUGUAGAUGAAGAGACUGCGAUUCAAGAUCUUCAUUUCUUAAAAUGUUGUAUCAAGGAGGCAAUGAGGCUCCACCCGCCGGUGGGGUUAAUCGUGAGGGAAAGUCGCGAGAGCUGCAAGAUUUCUGGAUACGACAUACCGAGCAACACGAUAGUUGGAAUCAACGCUUGGGCGACUUGUCGGGAUCCGAGGUACUGGAGCGAUUCGGAAAGGUUCGUUCCGGAGAGAUUUCUACACGAGAAAAAUGUGAGUUAUGUCGAGACGGAUCGUUUUGAGUUUAUCCCUUUUGGAGCUGGGAGGAGGAGCUGUCCUGGAGCAUCGUUUGCGAUGGCCAACAUUGAGCUGCCGGUGGCCAAGUUGUUGUACCAUUUCGACUGGGAGCUUCCCGGCGGGAAGAGAAACCAAGACCUUGACAUGGCUGAGAGCUUUGGUGUGGCUGUUCGAAGGAAAACUGAUCUGGUUUUGGUUCCUAUCACUCACCAUCGUACUUUUACCAAAUGAGGAAUCAGAAUAAUCUUAUCCACUAAGAUAAUAAAAAAAAAUAUAUUCUUCAAUUGGCUCAGUUUAAGUGUCAUGCAUGAAAGAUAAUUGUUCUAGCUAUAAGUCGUUAAACGAUGCAAAAAAGCAUAUAUGUACAAUGGCGGAGGGAGCUCAUGGGACUUUUCUUGAAUUUGUAAGCACUCCUAGAAAUUAUAGGUAAAUAUAAACCAGAUUUGAAA